AGCCACCGCCUCCCGCCCCUCGCCCCGCCCCGGCCGCGGCCCGACCCAGCGGGAGGAAGAUGGCGGCGCUCAUCCCCCUCAGCCAGCAGUUUUCUACUGGGAACCCAAUAUACGAAACUUACUACAAACAGGUAGAUCCAACAUACACAGGGAGAGUUGGGGCAAGUGAAGCUGCUCUGUUUCUUAAAAAAUCUGGUCUCUCUGAUAUCAUCCUUGGAAAAAUAUGGGAUUUGGCUGACCCAGAGGGGAAAGGAUACUUAGAUAAACAGGGUUUCUACGUCGCUCUGCGCCUCGUGGCCUGCGCCCAGAACGGCCACGACGUCAACAUGAGCAGCCUCAACUUGACUGUGCCACCUCCUAAAUUCCAUGACAGUAGCAGCCCUUUGCUGAUCACACCACCUUCAACAGAGACUCACUGGGCUGUCAGGGUGGAAGAAAAAGCAAAGUUUGAUGGUAUUUUUGAAAGCCUUUUGCCAGUAAAUGGUUUACUUUCAGGAGACAAAGUAAAACCAGUACUGAUGAAUUCAAAGCUACCUCUUGAUAUCCUCGGCAGGGUCUGGGAUCUCAGUGAUAUUGAUAAAGAUGGUCACCUGGACAAGGAUGAAUUUGCUGUGGCAAUGCAUUUGGUUUAUAGAGCUCUUGAGAAAGAGUCAGUCCCUUCACAAUUGCCCCCUUCUCUCAUACCACCUUCUAAAAGAAAGAAGAUGCCCGUGUUCCCCGGAGCAGUUCCUGUUCUCCCUGCAAGCCCCCCCCCCAAGGACAGCCUCCGUUCCACCCCCUCCCACGGCAGUGUCAACAGCCUGAACAGCACGGGGAGCCUGUCCCCCAAGCACAGCAUCAAACAAGCACAGCCAGCUGUGAACUGGGUGGUCCCAGUGGCUGAAAAAGUGAGAUACGAUGAGAUUUUCUUAAAAACGGACACAGACAUGGAUGGGUUUGUGAGUGGCCAAGAAGUAAAGGACAUUUUUAUGCAUUCAGGUCUGUCUCAGAAUCUCCUAGCACAUAUAUGGGCUUUGGCAGACACGAGGCAGAUGGGGAAGCUCAGCAAAGACCAGUUUGCACUUGCCAUGUAUCUCAUUCAACAGAAGGUCAGCAAAGGGAUUGAUCCUCCCCAGGUGUUAUCCCCAGAUAUGAUCCCUCCCACAGAGAGGAACACUCCCAUCCAGACUCUGUCAGGUUACUUGACCCCUGUAGGAACUGAGAUCUCAGCCCUCUCAGAGAUGCGGCGUGACAGUGCAAGUUCUGUUGGAUCAGGAGAAUUCACAGGAGUGAAGGAGCUGGAUGAUAUUAGCCAAGAAAUCACUCAGCUGCAGAGAGAAAAGUAUUCACUAGAGCAGGACAUUAGGGAAAAGGAAGAAUCAAUCAGACAGAAAACCAACGAAGUUCAGGAACUGCAGAAUGACUUAGACAGGGAGACGAGUACCUUGCAAGAGCUGGAGGCUCAGAAACAAGAUGCCCAGGACAGGCUGGAUGAGAUGGACCAGCAGAAAGCCAAGCUGAAGGAUAUGCUCAGUGAUGUCAGGCAGAAGUGCCAGGAAGAAACCCAGGUGAUUUCAUCACUAAAAAUGCAGAUUCAAUCUCAGGAAUCAGAUUUAAAAUUACAGGAAGAUGACCUUAACAGAGCAAAAGCAGAGCUGAAUCGCCUGCAGCAGGAAGAGACUCAGCUAGAGCAGAGUAUCCAGGCUGGAAAAGUGCAGCUUGAAACAAUAAUCAAAUCUUUAAAAUCAACACAGGAAGAAAUAAACCAGGCAAGAAGUAAACUUUCCCAACUGCAGGAGAGCCACCAGGAAGUCAACAAGAGCAUAGAGGAAUACAACGAAGCUCUCAAUGGGAUCCAUGGGGGCAGCCUGACCAAUUUAGCAGAUAUGAGUGAAGGCCUUGGACAGACAGAAAGGAGCAAUUAUGGAACUAUGGAUGAUCCAUUUAAGAACAAAGCCCUGAUGUUUACCAAUAAUACACAAGAAUUGCACACAGACCCAUUCCAGUCAGAAGAUCCUUUCAAAUCUGAUCCAUUUAAGGGAGCAGACCCCUUCAAAGGCAGUGACCCUUUCCAGCAUGAUCCUUUUGCAGAGCAGCCACCUGCUCCAGCAGAUCCCUUUGGAGGCGAUCCCUUUAAGGAGAGUGACCCAUUUCGGAGUUCUGCCCCUGAGGAUUUCUUCAAGAAGCCCGUGAAGAGCGACCCCUUUACCUCAGAUCCAUUCACAAAACCCCCUGCUUUACCCUCAAAGCCUGACCCUUUUGAAAGCACUGAUCCUUUUACGUCUUCCAGUAUCUCUUCAAAAGGUCCAGAUCCAUUUGGAACACUGGAUCCAUUUGGAAGUGGUGCUUUCAGUAGUGGGGAGGGAUUUGCAGACUUCAGUCAGAUGGCAAAGUCAGCAGCUCCUGACCCCUUUGCCUCCUCUUUUGGAGGGGUGGGAUUUUCAGAUGACCCUUUCAAAAGCAAAUCAGACACACCAGCGUUGCCACCCAAGAAAAAUGUCCCUCCACGGCCCAAGCCACCCAGUGUUUGGAAAUGAGGAGCAGCAGCUGGCCUGGGCCAAGAGGGAGAGUGAGAAAGCAGAGCAAGAAAGACUGGCCCGGUUGCGGAGACAAGAGCAAGAAGACCUCGAGUUGGCCAUCGCCCUCAGUAAGGCUGACAUGCCAAACUCCUAAAGAGGGGCUUGGGCUCCACCCCAUCCAAGAGAAACCUUGGAAAAUGGCUUUUGGUAAAAAUACUAAACCCUUGGUUUCUGUUGUGAAAAUAAUUUUAGUCACCUUCAGAUUUAAACAAGACCUGGCUGGGGGCGUCCGCCCGGGCUCUGGGUGGCUUCUCUCAAGUGCAUAAUCUGCAGGAAACACUGUAAUAAGCUGUAUUAUAUGUUCUAGAUACAAAUUUAUUGCUUGUAAGAGAUGUAACGUAUAAUCCUGAGAUACUGAAAGUUUUCUUUUAUCUGGAAGACAAGUGUUGCACGUAGGAAACUGCAACGUGUGAACCUGGCUUUUUAUAACCUGAAUUCCACUGGGGGGUUGGAGGCUGCAGGGUGAACUUCAAAGAAAACGUCAUAAAGAAGAGAAUAUUUACACAAUUAGCUUUCACUUGUUACGUUUAUUUAAUAAUUCAUGGUAGCCUAAUCAGUUUGUCACCUGCAUCAUCUGUGUCAAAGCAUAAAUUCAUUAUUAGAUGGUCCCUUUUAAUCCAGAAGAUGUGACUUUUACAAAAGCAUCUAGCAGUUUAUAUAUGAUGGAUACAAACAGUGGGCUGUGUAAAAGAGUACAGACUUGAAGCCUUUAUGAAUGAGUGGUUCUAAUUUAAACAUUUGUUUGCGUUGAGUUUUAAUAAUUGUAUGUGAGGUGGUAAAAGAGGGAGUUCCUUCAGCUGUAGUAAAUUGGACAAAUCAUUUGGCAGUUAAAUGAUGAAGUAAAAUUUUGCUGUAUCAUAAGCAAAGGGUGGUGAUACACGUUUGGGUGCUGCUUUCAUGUGAAAUCAGGAAAUCAAGCAAUGGAAAAAUGGCUGAGUUUGAGGAGUGCCCAUCCCUACAACCCACUGUACCCUCAUCUACUCCAACGGCAGCACAACAGCCUGGGCUGUGUCCCCACCUCUGCUUCUUUAAUUCCACCAGUCCUCUGGGGUUACAGAUCCAACCUGAUUUAGCUGAAAUAAGGCCAAGUUGAAUCAGUUUUUAUUUGCCAAAUACGUAUUCACACAUAAGUUCUGGCAGCACUGGUGGUCUGGGUUGGCUCUAAAAUCCAGUUUGCAGCCCCCAGAGCAGGUGGGGACAGGGUUUCUGUGCACUGACUGCUUCCACCUGGAAAGGGCAGCACAGCUUGUGUCUGACAUGUCAUACAAAAAAACAAGGCUGUGAAUUCUUUACUUACUAAAAAUGCCUUUUCUGAUUACAGGAAUUCUAAAGCUACAGUUGUCUUUGCCUUGGACUUUUCUGUCUCAUAGAGUAGGGAACCUACCCCAAUGUUUUUACAUGUCCUCAGUCUUAUUUCCUGCCCUGUGGGAAUACAAAGCUUAACAUUCUGGGGUUUUAGUGAGGCAGCCCUUAUGUUACAACAUUUUCUCAGUUUUUUGGGUUUGUUUGUUUUUGUUUUUUUUUUAAAUGUGGUAUUCCUUCAUCACCUUUGAUGCAUUUCUGGUUUUUAUGUCCUUGCUUCAGUUACCUUUAUUUUCAUGUUACAACAAUAGUGCCUGUUCAGUGGAUGCAAACAACCUCUCCCUGCUGUGCUGUGAUUGCCUUAUUCUGGAUGCUUUCCUGAUGCAGAGAUAGGAAUCAGACUGGAUCAUUUUAAGCAUCUUGGUAGUUUUCAGCUCUGAAAUGCAGCCAAGAUGUGGCAUUUGUGGUCUCAGGCUUUGGGGUGGUGGGUGAGUGUGCAAACACACACAUCCAGCCACCUUUGGGAUGCUGUUUUUAGGAGUCACAAUUCCCUCUUUGCUGUGUGUCUCCUGUGCUAAUGGUACUACAAAUAAUGUGAAUCUUUAAUUCCCCUCAAAAGGGGAGAAGAUGUAUUUCUAAUGUCAAAACCAACCAUGUAAUCAUCUUUAAUACUGUCCUUUAAUGGCCCCUCUGGGAUGCAUUUCUAAUUUUACAGAAUCUGAUUUGAAAUCCCUUCCCAUUGUGGUAAUUUUUCUCUAAAAUAUGUAGGAUUAAAUGAUCAAACAUACUAAAAUGUUGAAAAAUUCUCUUUUCUGUUGGUGUGCAGGGCUUGAAGUCUCUGAGAGCAAACUUGGGUCUGCUUGUAACUAACAUGAGAUAAAAAGAGCAAUUUUCAAAAGCAAGUGGCUGCAGGAUUCCCAGGGAAGCUAAACAAACUAUCCAUGUGUAAGAUUCUCCUUCUCACUCGGGCCUGAGUCCUUGUGGGGUCUCUUUUGCUACAGUAAAAGCCCCUUUGAGAAAGGAAACCCACUCCUGGAGCUCUGCUGGGAUGGUGUCACUCCAGUGGGACAGGGUGGAUGACUUAAUAGCUUGAUUAAUUUUCAGAGUUAUGCACCAUAACAAGACUUCCUGCUGCUUUGUCGGGGCUCUAAAAUACUGUAAUUUAUAAUUCUUCUAAGGCAAUGGGCUGGUGUUUUCAAGAUGUUCAGCAGGAAGGCAGAAAUGUGAAUUAAUCCAGCAUUCCAUGUAGUGUUAGGGCUCAUUUUCCUAUUUCCUUAUUGACUCUUCCUCAUAUUUGCCUGGACAGUAACUGCAGAUCAAUGAACCAGGACAGAACAUGUUCUCUAUGCACAGUGUAUUAGAUUUAGGAACCUUAAGUUUACUGAAACACUCUUGAUUCAAAAUGUUGGCACUGCAGUAGAAGAAAACUUAGCUGUGAUUUCUCCCCUUGGUGUUUAAUACAGUUUUCCACAUAAAAAAAGGAAGAUUCCCCACUGUGUUUCCCUCUGCUGUAACUCAGUGUUUGUACAAUACCUGCACUUGUCCUUUAAGGCAAAACUUUAGUGCCAGACAUUGGUCUUCUUCCUCCAGAACAGUGAAAUUUAAAGCACAAACAGGCCUGUUGCUAUUUGAGCAGAGAAAAUAUGUACAAGAGCUGGCAAAUGUGAGUAUCCCCAGUGCAUAUACAGUGUACAGUGAGAUCCAUAUUAUCUGUGUCUAUGUGUAUAUAUAUAUAUAUAUAGUGUAUUGUAUAAUGUAAUAAUAGUGUGUGUAUAUACUCCACGUGUCCACAUGCUCUGUCCAGUAUAUAGUUCUUUGUGCUGUACAUAAACUGUGUAUAUACAAUGAAUAUGUGGAAUAUGCAGAUAUAUUCUACAUAUUGGAGCUGUGUGUGUGUGUGUGUGUGUGUGUGUGUGGAUUCUGUAACCAGAGAUGGGCACAGAAAUGGAAUUUGUACAGAAACACAGGUUAGCUCGUGGCUCUGAGAAUUUCAAAGUUCUGGUGAAAGAAAGAAAGGAAAAAAAAAA